UUUAGCGAUAAAUUUAAGUUACUUCAUGAUACGGCCAGCUAACUAUGAUUCGAACAACAAAGAAUAACGACGAUACCACGUCACUGGUUAUUGCAAUUCAUGAAAAUUAACUCAAAAUUUCAUGCUGCCCACAAAAGUUGUAUCUUCUCAUCCAAAAAUGCUUGGGUCAAAUAUUUACAGAAAAACGAAUCCAUAAUCCAUGAGUUUGUAAUUGUAAGUUAGUCAAAUUCUAAAAUCUGCACGAUAAUUAAGUCACGAUGGAGAAGCCAACAGCUGAGAACAGAUUGGGAGACAUAUUUGAGCAGUGCAGCCAGGAGACCAAGUGUCUACAGUGGUUCAAAGUGGUCUUUGUGGGAGAUUGUCACGUGGGCAAAACGAGCAUCAUCAAAUCAUUCUGCAAAGCCGAAUUCAACUCCAAAUACACGCCCACAGUAGGAGUUGACUAUGGCUUCAAAGUGGUGGACAAUAGUCUCCGAGUGCACAUGUGGGACUUGAGCGGCAACUCCUUCUUCAGGGACACUCGCAAUGAACUCUACGAGGACACUGACCUCUGCAUACUCGUCUAUGACGUCACAAGUCGCCAGUCAUUCGAGUCCCUAGAAACUUACUGGCUUCCCGAAAUUCGAAAGUAUGACAUCGGAGAUGCAAUGAUAGCGUGCGUGGGCAACAAGCGAGACAAGCUAGAAAGAUUAGACUCGCCUUUAGACCAGGUGAAACUAUCAGAUGCUGAAACAUGGUGUUUGAAGAGGGGAUCAAUCAGACAUACCCAAGUCAGUGCUGCCACUGGUGACAACAUACAGUUUGCUAUGAGCGAGUUCAUUAAAUUACGCCUUAAAACAAUUAAUACAAAACUUAGUUUCAACCAGUGAUGCGCAGUCGAAAACAUUCUUCCAACAUUACCCAAAGAAAUUUAUAUUUAAAAAUUCACCAAUUUUUAUUUAUACUUUUAUUGCGAGCAAAAUACACCUUCAUUCCGGUAAUAUCUACACACAAAUUAAGUCUUCAAUAGUCGACAUUUACUUGGGCCCUUGCACUCAUGCAAUGAUUUCACAGCAAUCGAUACAAACAACACACAAAAUAUUGAAAUGAGUUACUUUGAACACGUUACAGGACUACGACAAAUUAGCAAUCGUCAUCUAAAACGUUGUGGUUAUAAUAAUUGUCAUAUCGGUACAAUUGUACCUUGAUCACAACAAUACAUCCAGCUGCUAUAGGACAGAGUUACAAAACGUACCUACCAGUAAUGACUAACCUUUCCAAUGCAUUUUCCAGUCGAUCAUCUGACGUCAGCUUUUUUGAUGGUUUGAAUGAUUCAAUAAACGAUGAAUUUAUGAAGUUGCGAAAUGAUUAUCGUGCAAUAAGCAAUCAAUAUAAGUUUGCAUGCGCGAUGAAAUUCUUGCAAUUAAGAAAACUCCGCCCCUUAUCUAUGAUGGUUCUCUCUUCGAAGAGUAUGAGAUGAGUAUAUUUUUAUUAGAUUGAUGCUAAUCUCAAGUGUACAGAUGAAGGUAGUGAAUUCAAAACCUCAAUUCAAAUGAAUUUUCACAUUUGAGUUUUUGCAAAAAGCGAAAAUACAAGAACUGUCUUAUUAUAACCUCUCUUGCAUUACACUGUCUCUCUGUUCAGUCCUUUCUUUGUCGAAAAAAAUUGA